UAAAGCAGCGCUCAGCACGGACGCCAAGGCAGGAAAAGGAAAACACAUGCCUCACAACAAGGACGAAGGACGACGACGACGUCAGCGAAGAUACCACGCGUUCUGGCCCUUCUGUCGGUCUGUGGUUGAAUGCUGUACCUGACGAUACCCAAGGCUUGUUGGUCAUGAUGACUCUGUCGGUUACUGUUGUUGGAUGACUUGUUCGUGAGAUCAACACGGAUCCCAGGCUAGGACUUCUGGCCAACAUACUACAUACCCGACCUGAGACAGGCUUCUACUGUGCGACUAGAAGAGUUGGGGCGAUUGACCGUGCGGCCAGGUCGUGAAGAUGGGGACCGAUGUGCCGUUGGCGUCGUUCUCGCUAACCCAUGUCCAUUAUAACCCCGCCGAUCCACUAUCGUUCUUGUCUGCGUGGUUGGCGCUGGUUCCGCAGGCUCUAUGCAUCGCCUAUGUUACACUUGCCUGGGCGUCGAGGGAGAUGGAGCUCAUAUUGAUGUUUGCCGGGCAGAUGGGUUGUGAGGCAUUAAAUUUCGUCCUAAAACGGCUCAUCAAGGAGGAACGGCCUAAGAAGAUGUACGGCAAGGGCUACGGUAUGCCAUCCUCUCAUGCCCAAUUUGUCACCUACUUUGCCAUCUACAUCAGCUUGUUCAUCCUAUUUCGGCAUGUCCCUUCGCCUACGACCGGCCACUCCUUUUUGACCCGGUUAUUUGUCGCAAUUGCAGCUUGCGUCGGGGCAGGUGCGGUUGCUACCAGUCGCAUUUAUCUUAACUAUCACACACCUAAACAGGUUUUGGUUGGUUGCGCUGCUGGUGCCUUCUGUGCCAUGUCAUGGUUCUUUAUUACAGGGAUUCUGCGCUCGUACGGGUGGAUGGAUUGGGCCCUGGAAUUUAGUCUAGCAAGACUGCUGAGAAUACGCGAUCUGGUGGUAAGUGAGGACCUUGCUGAGGCCGGCUGGCAGCGAUGGGAGUCAAAGCGGAAGUUGAGACAGCGAACAAACAGUGAUCAUGCACGCAAGUCAGAGUAAAUAUGGAACCAGGGUGCUAUCUCAAGCCGUUCUAC